AUGUUUAUACUUUUAGAUUUAGAAACUCACUUUCUUCCUCUUAUCAAGCGUUUGGCAACAGGUGACUGGUUUACUAGUCGCACUUCUGCUUGUGGGCUGUUCAGUGUGGUUUAUCGACAAACUUCUCCCGCUGUCCGUGCAGAACUCCGUCGCGCUUUUAAGCAGCUUUGCACUGAUGACACUCCUAUGGUUAGACGUGCAGCUGCUAACCGACUUGGGGAGCUGGCCCGUUGUAUGGAACUAGAUGCAUUACGUUCAGACUUAUUGCCGUUAUUGCCUCCUCUUUCUCAACAGGAUGAUCAGGACUCUGUACGAUUACUGGGCGUAAAUGCAUCAGUGGAUUUUGCUGAAGUUCUUCCUACUGAAGAUGUGUUGACGCACAUUAUUCCUCUUAUACGAGGAGCUGCAGAAGACAAAUCUUGGCGCGUUCGUUAUCAAUUAGCUGAUCAUAUUACUGAUUUACAGUCUGCAGUAAAACCCCAACUUGCCGGACAGCACUUGGUAGAUGUUUAUCAGAUUCUUCUUAAAGAUCCAGAGGGAGAAGUUCGUGCAGCGGCUGCAGGCAAACUAAAAAAGUUCGCUUCAUCUCUAGCUCCUGAUAUUCGGGAAUCUGUGAUUAUGAAAACCUUGUUACCUAUUAUUCGGGAAAUGGUUGGUGAAACUAAUCUGCAGGUAAAAACAGCGCUAGCAGGUGUUAUGAUGGCUUUGGCUCCACUGCUCGGCAAAGAGAAUACAUUAGAGCAUCUUCUUCCAUUGCUGUUGAUUCAAUUAAAGGACGAAAAUCCAGAU